GCACUUCAGAAGACCCUCCGUGUGUGUCUCCAUCAUUAAACCAUCCGCAGAGCAGAACCACAGAUCCACUGACCCGGAGCCGCCUCAGAUGGACGGAACACACGCGCUCUGACACUCAUCAUCCGUUCAUGCAUUGAUUCAUUGAUGUUCGGUUCGGUUCGGAGGUCUGAUCUCUGUCCGGUGACUCGCUAUUGUUCGGAUGUGCGACAGUGAGAAUCAAAGAGUCCGAUUGAUUCCCGAGCGAACAUGAUUUUAUUCCCCAUCUUCAUCAUCUUCAUCAUCAUCAUCCAGAGUGUGUCGGCAUUCCAGGUGUCAUUACAGGAUGGGAACGUGUUGCUGAUGUCACUGGAUUCUGAUGAUGUCAGAGAGGAUGUGUCAAUGUAUGCGGCACGAGUGUCUGGUGAAGCUCACACACACACGCUGCUGUUCUCGCACUCUAGUGACGGUCAAACGCUUCCUCAUCCACUCGUGUUUAACGCUUCCUAUCACGGCCUCUGUUACACUGUCAGUCUGUUGCUCGGCAAUGACACCAGUUGGACCAAACCCGUCAAAACCAUCACCAUCUUGACCAAGCCUCUUCCACUAGACCGGGUUGAGAUCUCAGAUUACGCUGCAUCUCCAGAGACCGGCGUGCUGUUUCACAUCAGUUCUCCAGAAAGGAACAUCUACACGAGAGUAAACAUCAGUUACAGCGAGGGCCGACAGCAGCGCUUCAUGCUAUAUAAAGAUUUCCUCAAAGGUAAAACAGUGUUCAAGCACUGGUUACCGGGGACGUGUUACAGUAACAUCACGUUCCAGCUCAUCUCAGAGGCCACAGUCAACAAGAGCGUGCUGAUGACACGCAGUGAUGUCACUCACGAGCCCCAUCAUCACAGGACUGUCCCAAACCCUCCUGUAAACGUCUCACUGAAGAUCAUCCAUCUGAGUGAACGUGGAGCAGCCGGAACUGAGACUGUUCUCAAGGCAUCCCACAAUGCGUCUCUCUCUCGCAGGACACGUGACAUCCCGUCAGAACUGGAGAAAAACAUUGAAGAAACCAAUCGUGAGGAGAUGAGCGUUGCUGUCACCCAAAUGCCUCUCGAUCUCUCUCAGAACAUGAACGAGUCCAGUACCACGGUUUACUCCAGCACUACUCAACCCGUCCAUGACAACAACACCAACCCCCUCUGGACCGAACCAACAGGAAGUCCCACCCCCACAGAGGAGGAAGAGGAGGAGUUUGUCAACGCUCUGGUUCCAGAAUAUGAGGAUUCGAAUGAGCCCGGGUCAGCGAUGGAUGUGAACUUUGAACUCAAUCUUAUGCCCACACCACUGUCACCGAUCCUGCUGGAGCUGCGCUGGGCACCACCCGGACCGCCAACUGCAUUUGAUGGAUUUAACAUCUACAUCUAUCGUGACGGAAACUCCAGUGAGACGGCUACCGUUGAUGAAAACACUCACGAGUUCUACACUGAGCUCUCAGAAGCAGGAACAUAUGGAGUUCAUGUGAUGACGCUCAGCUCGUCUGGAGACUGUGAACCCAGAGAAAGUUCUGCUGACAAUGGAUUCACUUUCUACCUCAGUGCGUCAGGUGAGUGGAUGGAGCAGCCCCAGGAGCGUCCGCAGUCAGUCAGUGUGAAGAUGUUGGACUCGAGCACAGCAUCAGUGUCCUGGGCUCCAUCAGCUCACAGAUAUAACGGCAGUCUGAUCUCAGUUCAGUCUCUCACCUGUCUCAAACCCAGCAUCAGUCAGCGCAUGGAGAUCACAUACUGCUCUGAGGAGAAUAUCACCAGUGAUGUCAUCACUAACCUGACCCCAGGCGCUCAGUACAGAGUGAUGGUUUAUUACACUAACGGACCGCUAGUUAGUCCCGCGUCUGAACCGGUCAUCAUUGACAUCGAGCCGACGGGAGUUCGUGAUCUGGUGGUAUAUCCUCUCAGUCCCACCGCUGUGAUUCUGAGCUGGCAGAGACCGUAUAAUGUGGCCUUCAGGAAAUACAUCCUGCAAACCUUCUUCUUCAAUUCCGCCACACAGACGUCUCAGUGGACGACUUACUACGAGAUCGCUGCCACUGCGUCCGUCAUCGCCUCUGUGAGGGUGACGGAUCUGUUGCCGGCGUGGUACUACAACUUUCGUGUUACCAUGGUGACCUGGGGCGACCCGCCUCUGAGCUGCUGUGACAGUUCAACCGUGAGCUUCGUUACAGCUCCUGAAGCUCCUCACAUCUCUUCAGUGGAUUAUUCUCAUGGGACGCUGUAUGUGCGCUGGACGUAUGGUGAUCUGUUCACCGAUCUGUCACACUCGCGGAUGCUGCACUGGCAGGUCAUGGUGGAGGGCAAGAAGGGAGCAAAGAGACGAUAUGCCAUCGACGUGACUCGUAACAUGAUGAAGGCGUCUCUCUCUCUUCCUCCCGGUGACAUCUAUAACCUGACGGUCACGGCGUGUACGGAGAGAAGCCGCAACACAUCUGCACCUCACAUCAUUAAACUCAAUCCGGCUCCUCCGAAGACUCUGUACAUGGUGAACACUACAGACACGGCGGUCACGCUGCUCUGGACAGAAGAGGGAGUCGUGGAUUUUUAUCAGGUGACCUGCAGACCGCUGCGGACACACAGAGAACUCAAGGUUCGUGAGCCACUGGUCACAGCUGCUCAUGUUGUCACUGUAUCCGGUCUACAACCGUCCACCUUAUACAACUGUACAGUGAUUAGCACCAGUUACAGCACAGCCAGUGAACCGGCAUACAUCACCAUCAACACAUCAGUGCGUGAGAUGAAUCCGAGCGUGGCGGCAAUCUCGGCUCUGGCGGUUCUCAGUAUUCUGCUCAUCAGUCUGCUGGUGCUCUUCCUGCUCGUCUUACGAAAGAAACACAAGGAACUGAGUCGGGAGUGCGGUGCAGAAACCUUUGUGAAUUUUGCCUCUUUCGAGCGGGACGGGAAACUGCCAUAUAACUGGCGCAGGAGUCUCUUUGCGUUCCUCACUCUUCUGCCAUCCUGCCUUUGGACUGACUAUCUCUUGGCCUUUUAUAUUAAUCCGUGGAGCAAGACGGCACUUAAGAAGAGAAAACUAACCAGUCCAGUUCAGCUCAGUGAUUUUGACGCUUACAUCAAAGACAUGAGCAAAGAUUCGGCGUACAAGUUCUCCCUGCAGUUUGAGGAGUUGAAGAGUGUUGGUCUUGAUUUGUCUCAUGAAGCCGCUGAUCUGCCCGUCAACAGACCCAAGAACCGCUACACCAACAUCCUGCCCUAUGAUUUCAGUCGUGUGAAGCUCAUUUCUUUACACAAUGAUGAAGGAUCAGAUUAUAUCAAUGCAAACUACAUUCCUGGUUAUAACUCCCCGCACGAGUUCAUCGCCACACAAGGGCCGCUGCCCGAGACCCGCAACGAUUUCUGGAAGAUGGUUCUACAGCAGAAGUGUCACGUCAUCGUUAUGUUGACACAGUGUAAUGAGCGCAGGAGGGUAAAGUGUGAUCAUUACUGGCCGUUCACUGAGGAGCCGGUGGCGUACGGCGAGAUCACAGUCGAGAUGAUGUCAGAAACGGACUCGCCGGAGUGGACCAUCAGAAACUUCAGACUGGGAUAUGCUGAUGAAACUCAAGAUGUUUUACACUUUAAUUACACAUCAUGGCCAGAUCACGGUGUGCCAACAGUCAACGCCAUCGAGAGCAUUCUGCAGUUUGUACAGAUCGUACGACAACAGGUGAACAGGACCAAAGGACCAAUCAUAGUGCACUGCAGUGCUGGAGUGGGUCGAACCGGCACAUUUAUCGCUCUGGAUCGUCUGAUGCAGCACAUUCAGGAACACGAGUAUGUGGAUAUUCUGGGGAUGGUGUCAGAGAUGCGCUCGAACCGACUGUCCAUGGUCCAAACAGAGGAGCAGUAUGUGUUCAUUCAUCAGUGUGUUCUGCUCAUGUGGAAGAAGAAGAAGCAGCAGUCUCACACCAGUGACAUCAUCUAUGAGAACGUCAGCAAAUCUUAAUGAAGUCCUGCUGUCUGAUUCUCUGUUCAGAGAGACGUGUGACAUCAUCACCAAACAAACAAGCGGCUGCCGAGGAGAAUCUUUGCUCAUUUACUCCCCAUAGAAGCUCUUCGUUAGUGGAAGUUUGACCGAACAAAUCAAAUGCCUUAAAAACCUGCAUCGUUAUGCGGCUGUGACGUGAUUUCUGCCAGAACUGCAGUUUGAGAACUGAACCCUCUGGUGACCGCAGUUCUGGCAGCAUUUAGUCUUUAGUUUGUUUGUUAAUCUCAGGAUCAUGUCGUGUACGCCGCUCGCUACUGCCUCCCUGCUGGACACGGCAUUGUAUAUCGUGAGUUUAUAUCGCACUCUUUCUGUUGUAGGUUUAGUUUUCAGCCCCUCAGAAGAGGACAAAUGUUGUGCGAAGAGCUUUGCGACCUAAAAUUGUCACGUUUAUUUUCAUUGUGGCAGUUUGGCUGCGAAUGUUUGUUAAAGUGACCACACAAGCUAAAUUCUUCUGACGACACGCCUUUAAUAUUAUGUCACUGCUGCACGUGUUUAUGUGAAGAGUGUUGCAGGUACUUUCAUUCACAAGGAAAAACAAGGAACAACAAUGAACGAGAGAAAGAAAGA